UACACAUGCUGCUGUGUGUGCUGGCAGGAGAGAGACCUGUGUUGUUUACAUACAGGUCUCUUCCCUGUCAGUGUUCCUUGGUGAUCGCCGGGUGCCAGCGGGGAAUCUUCGGCCGGGACCCGGUGAUCGACAUCUGUAGCCGCCAAUGGUGGCGUGGUUGGUCAAUCAGUGAUCACAUGAAUAGGUGUAAGUAAGAUGUCACUUGUGACAUCAUUGCUUACUACAUGUGAAAUCUGUGAAUGAUCACAGAGGUCACAUGGUACAAGGCUAUUCACAACAGCCUUGUACCAUAUGACAAGCUGUGACCAAUCACAGCUCACACAGUA